AUGAAAUUACUGGGAGUUUUGUCCCCUGCAAAAAAUUCCACUGCCAGUUUAGACCUCCUUAACCUAUAUAUGGUAAAUCAGAUAUCUUGUAAGAAGAAAACACCUGAAACUGUAAAAAAACCAUUCCAUGUGAAUAUGAAUAGCAACAUAAAAAUGCUUCCAAAGAAACGUGAAUUAGAACUUCCAAUGUCACCUCAUUGUACACCUUCUAAACUCUGCCUUGAUGAUGUAGAAAACAAUAUACACUAUCAAAAACUAGGUAACAAGGAAGAACUUGGCCAAGUUCAGUUAUCUCAAGUUAAGAACUCAUACAGUAUGUUUGAACCUCAGUUCAGCAAAAUAGAAAAGUGCAAUUUUACUCCACCAUCUUUUUCAGCAGAAUUAUCUUCUCACAGACAUAUUCCAAAACAAAAUUUAAUUCCCAGAAUAGCAUCUAGUCCUCAGAGUCUUGUAUAUGAAAAAAAGCAAGAUGGGCAGCUCAACAAUGUGGAUGGUUCUAAUUCUUUGGUUUCCAAAAUAAAUGAAAGUCAAGAUGAACUCAGUUCAUCAUAUAAACCAGCACAAUUUGGAACAUUAUUUGAAAGAUUAAACAGUCUAGAAAAUGGGAAUUUCCUUUCUAAAAGAUCAGCAAUAAUUAUGAGUGAGGAUUUUGGAAACAUGAAUAAAAGAAGACAGUCAGAUUUCAUUAUUGAAAAACAGUCAAUACAACAAAUCUGGGGAGAAAAUGGAAAAGAAGUUUCAAGUUUUCUGGAGAAUGUGAAUGAGCCAACACAUAGACUUCUGUCAGAGAAUUGUGACUCUUUUGUUCCUCAAAAUAUGAUAAAUUUAUUAGACCUUGAUCAACAAAGGGUAAAGAAAACCUUUGACAAAUGUGGCUAUGAUAGUUUAGGGGAUAUUUGUUUGGUUACAAGUUCGGAUGAAAACCAUUCCAUUGAUGGAAACAGAAGCAUUUUUACAGCUCCAGAGUCAACUUUUAGUAGUUCUACUUUAAAUAAAACAAGUUAUCCAGAAAAACAUCAACCAAACAGGAACUAUCAGGAAAAGCACAACAAUAAUGAAAUAAAUGACUUUGCUACAUGUUUUGAGGAUUGUUACCUAAUCAGCUCUGAAAAGAAAGGAAAACUUAACAAUGUUUACCAAGAGAAAACACCACAGAAAAAUAUCCAGGAAUAUCCAGUGAACUCUAUGGGCAGUGUCCCUUUGCAAGAAUUGUAUUCUAAGCAAUCCUGGGAUUUAAGACUUGGUGAGAUUGUGAUGGAAGAAGGAAGAACAUGUUCUUUAAAAGGAAGGCCAACAUCCACAAAGAAAAUCUGUCUUGAUUCUUCACAGAGUAGUCAGUCUGCCAGUUACUCUCCAAGGCCAACGGAUAGUUGUUUAAGUUCUAGUUCAGAGAUGCCAUCAGAAGAUGAAGAUCAAAUGUUACAGCAAAUUGAAGACUCAAAUAAGAUAUGUGUCAAAACUACUGAAACAACCAAUGAUUUUCAUCUAGAAAGGAUGUCAAAAGUUUCAGGUGAUAGGAUUGGUAAAGAUAAUGCCAAAAUUCACAAACAAACUGAAAAUUUCUACCCAUUCUCAGUGAAAAAUAAUACAGAUCAAUCUCCUCAGUUGCAGUGCAAUUCAGCACAUGUGUUGCAAAACAAAAUCAAUGAUAACUGCAUUCUGCCAGUUGUAAGAUGUGAUGCAGGGGUACAAACAGAGAGAGAACCUGCAAUGGAAGAAAAAUUUGAUGUUGCCGUACAGUGUAAUAUAAUUUCACUAUGUACAUGUAGAAGUGAUGUGUCUCCUCUUUGCCAUAUAGAAAUACAGUGA